AUGGCAGCACACGCCCAAGCCAUUGAGAAGGCAGUCAAGGACUACCCUCGCCCAGGUGAGGUCAAGCAAUUCACCUAUGGCACAGCUGGCUUCCGCACCAAGGGCGACUGGCUCGACCAUGUCAUGUUCGGCAUGGGUCUGCUCGCAGGCCUGCGCUCCCGCAAGCUCGGCGGCCAGACCAUCGGAGUCAUGAUCACAGCCUCGCACAACCCGGCAGAGGACAAUGGAGUGAAGCUUGUCGACCCUAUGGGUGAGAUGUUGGAGCAGGAGUGGGAGCAGUGGGCCACACACAUUGUCAACGGACAGACACCAGCGGAGACGGCCGAAGCACACAAGACAAUUGCCGAGAAGCUCGGUGUUGAAGUCAACAGACCUGCCAACGUCAUCUACGCACGCGAUACCCGUCCAUCGGGCGUGAGACUCGUCAAGGCACUCGAGGCUGGUCUGAAGGUCACCGGCGUCGACUACAAGGACUUCGGCAUCCUCACCACCCCACAGCUUCACUACCUCGUACGUGCCACCAACACUCAGACCGACAAGAACCCAUAUGGCGAGGUCUCGGAGAAUGGAUACUACAAGAAGUUGGCUGCUGCCUUCAAGACGGCCAUGAAGUAUGUCAAGCCCACCAGUGCGGUCACCGUCGACUGUGCCAAUGGCGUGGGUGCACCGAAGCUGAAGGAGAUGCUCAAGCACUUGCCAGAAGAGGAGACUGGUCUCAAGGUCACCAUUAAGAACGACAAGAUUGAGCAGGCAGAGGUGCUCAACAAGGACUGUGGUGCCGACUUCGUCAAGACUCAGCAGAAGGUGCCGGCUGGUUUCAACGGCAAGGCUUUUGAUCGCUGGUGCUCGUUCGAUGGAGAUGCCGAUCGCAUCGUCUACUACUUCAACGAAGAGGGCAGCGUCUUCCGACUGCUUGAUGGAGACAGGAUUGCUACAUUGGCAGCAUCGUUCCUUGGUGAGCUCGUGGAGAAGUGCGGCUUAGCUGACAAGAUCAAGCUCGGUGUUGUGCAGACAGCCUACGCCAACGGCGCCAGUACUCGCUUCGUGGAGGAGCGUCUCAAGCUCAAGGCUGAGUUCACCAACACCGGAGUCAAGCACCUACACCACGCUGCUACUCGCUACGACAUCGGCGUCUACUUCGAGGCCAACGGCCACGGUACAAUCCUGUUCUCAAACAACGCUCUCAAGACGAUCUACAAGCAGGAACCAGAAUCACCUGCUCAGCUCGAGAACCUGGAGAUACUCCGCGCUUUGACUGAUCUCAUCAACCAGACUGUCGGCGAUGCCAUCUCGGACUUCCUUCUCGUUGAGACCAUCCUUGCUCACAAGGAGUACACGGUCAAGGAAUGGCUCGCAACAUACACCGACAUGCCGAAUAAGCUCGCCAAGCAGAAAGUCCAUUACCGUGGCGACUAUGUCACCGUUCCGGGCACCGCCGAACAGAAGCUCAAGUACCCCCAGGGUCUACAGAGAGACAUCGACGCCGAAGUCGCCAAGUACAAGAAUGGUCGCUGCUUCGUCCGCGCCUCGGGUACCGAGGAGGCUGUUCGCAUCUACGGUGAAGCCGCGGAGGCGUACGACGUCGACCACAUGGUACAGACUGUGGCAGACCUCAUCUUCCUCAAGAGCAGCUCAGGCGUAUAG